AUGUCACAAUCACAAUCACAAAUUCCAGAAGUUGGCGAUGAGUUUCCAACAGCAGAAAACUUCAAGGAAAUGGCACAACAAGGUGCUAAGGCAGCGGGUUUUGCCUUUAGCGUUUCAUCAUCAAAAAUGUCAGGUGGUGGAAAAGGUGGCCACACCCCUUUCAUAACUUUGCAAUAUACAAUGGGAGGUAUCUACAGAAAUAACCAUAAAAUUAAUGAAGAGACCCGAAAAAGAAAAAAACUCUCAAAACGUCAAAACUGUCCUGUUGUUUUACGAGCUGUUUUAAAUGAAAACACCAGAACUUGGGUAGUAACGUCUUCCAAAAGUGUGCAUAAUCAUGAACUACUUAUUCCAUCUCAAAUCCAUUGUCUUCCUCAACAUCGACACCUCAAUACAGAGCAAAAAGAGUUGGUUCAUAUAAUGCUUAAAAAUAUAAUUAAUGAACGUGACCGAAUAAAAAAUGCUUUAAAUGAGGGCACAAAUCAUGACACUACAAUGUGCCUUAUAAAAAUGUUAGAGGAACGUCAAUAUAUACUUCAUCAUCUAUUAACAAAAGAUGGCCAUAUGUUAAACUUAUUUUUCACACAUAUUGAAGCUGCACGUCAAGUAGCUAUAUGUUCAGAGAUGCUUAUAAUCGAUGCAACAUAUAAAAUGAACUUAUAUAAGUUACCUCUCAUCAAUGCAGUUGGUAUAAGUAAUAUCGGUAAUGCUAAAGCUCUUAACACGUAUCAAAUAGCAAUGGCAUGGGUAGCAAAUGAGCAAGAACCCACAUAUGAAUGGUUUUUACUUACUUUAAAAGAGACAAUUUAUAAUAUUUUUUUUUGUUCUCCAGAAGUAUUUGUUUCAGACAGGGCUUUGGCUCUUAGAAAAGCAGCAGACAAGGUUUUUCCAGAGGCAAAAAAAAUGAUAUGCAUUUGGCAUAUGUUUGCGCAAAACUUACGAACUACAUGUAGAAAAUUUUUUGAUUCAGAUGAAGAGUAUAAUGAACUCCUGUUGGCGGUCCAGAAAGUUGUCUAUGCUGAAGAAAUGAAUAAAGUUGAAAAAGCAUUUAAAGAAAUUAGUCAAGUGACAAUGAAAAGUAAGGAUCCUGAAUAUAUUCAAAAUUAUCUUGAAGAAUGGAAAAAAGAUGCAGAGUGUUGGAUGCAUUCGACACAGAGAGCAGAAGGAAGUUACAGCACUCUAAAAAAGGCAAUAGAAGCAUCAAGUGGUUUGGAGCAAGUAUUUUUACAUAUUGAUCGUGCCUUUCAUCAACAUCAACUACAAACAAAUGAAGCCCUAGGCUCGAACAUUGUUUCUGCUGAUCCAUUUAUAUGUAAUGACAAAAG